GUGGGAUAUAUAGUGAUAGAGAGUAGUACUGUGUUUAUGUGAAGAAUCUUUGAGAUUUCUUUAUAAUUUAUGUGAGGAAUCUUUGAUAUUUUUCAUCUAAUUCUUCUUAUUUCUGCUUUAAUCAAAGCAAACUGGGAAUCUUUACUUCCUUCACUGAAAAUGGCAGCACUUUGAGCAACUUUCCAGAUUUGAGCUUGAAGAGGAAGGUUUGUGAAUUUAGGAUCGGUCUUUGAUCGAAUAAUGAUGUCGAGAUCUUAUACUAAUCUCUUUGAACUUGCCUCUGGUGAAUCACCAUUACCAUCAUCGGGUUUUAGUCGAGCCGGAAAGAAAUUGUCGCGUGUAGCGACCGUGCCAGGGGUAUUAUCGGAACUAGACGACGAAGGGUUUAGUUCCGAUGCCCCAUCAUCCGUUUCACAAGAUCGGAUGAUCAUAGUAGGAAACCAACUCCCGCUACGGGUCCACAGACGGCCCGAUGGGAGUUGGAACUUCAGUUGGGAUGAAGACUCCCUUCUUUUGCAACUCCGAGAUGGACUUGGUGAAGAUGUAGAAAUCAUCUACAUCGGUUGUCUUCGGGAAGAAAUAGAGUUGAAACAUCAAGACUGCGUUGCUCAAGAUUUGCUGGAAAACUUUAAAUGUAUACCAGCAUUUAUACCGCCCGAUCUUUUUAGCAAAUUCUAUCACGGGUUUUGCAAACAACAUUUAUGGCCGUUGUUUCACUACAUGCUUCCGUUAUCACCGGACCUCGGUGGCCGGUUCGAUAGGUCCCUUUGGCAAGCAUAUGUCUCGGUUAACAAGAUCUUUGCCGAUAAAGUAAUGGAGGUGAUUAGUCCCGAUGAUGAUUUUGUUUGGGUACAUGACUACCAUUUGAUGGUUUUGCCUACCUUUUUACGGAAACGGUUCAACCGGGUGAAACUCGGGUUCUUUCUUCAUAGCCCGUUUCCGUCCUCUGAGAUAUACCGAACCCUCCCUGUAAGAGAUGAGCUUUUACGGGCACUUCUGAACUCCGAUCUUAUCGGAUUCCAUACGUUUGAUUACGCCCGGCAUUUUCUUUCUUGCUGUAGCAGAAUGCUUGGUUUAUCUUAUCAAUCGAAACGAGGCUAUAUUGGGCUCGAGUACUAUGGUCGUACUGUAAGCAUCAAGAUAUUGCCCGUCGGAAUUCAUUUGAAGCAACUUCGAAACGUUCUUGAUCUCCCUGAAACCGAGUCGAAAGUUGCAGAGUUACGAGAUCGAUUUCGAGGGCAAGCUGUGUUGCUUGGGGUCGAUGAUAUGGACAUCUUUAAAGGGAUAAGCUUAAAACUUUUAGCGUUCGAGAAUUUGCUGACUCAACAUCCUGAAAAGAGGGGUAAGGUGGUUUUGGUUCAAAUUGCAAAUCCGGCUAGAGGUCGAGGAAGGGAUGUCCUCGAGGUCCAGUCUGAGACUCAUACCACUAGGGAACGUAUUAACCGGAAAUUUGGUCGGCAGGGUUAUGAGCCUGUGAUCUUGAUCAAUAACCCGCUUCAGUUUUACGAGCGGAUUGCUUAUUACGUGAUUUCCGAGUGUUGCCUUGUGACUGCUGUAAGAGAUGGGAUGAAUUUGAUACCGUAUGAAUACGUUAUAUGUAGACAAGGGAACGAUAAGCUGGACGAAACUUUAGAGCUAAACCCAUCAAUUCCCAAAAAAAGUAUGCUUGUAGUCUCUGAAUUCAUCGGGUGCUCACCGUCUCUAAGUGGCGCGAUCCGUGUCAACCCCUGGAACAUCGAUGCCGUGGCCGAAGCUAUGGAUUCGGCAUUGGUCGUUGCCGAAGCCGAAAAACAAAUGCGGCAUGAAAAACACUAUCGGUAUGUUAGCACUCAUGAUGUUGCGUAUUGGGCUCGUAGCUUUUGGCAAGAUCUCGAGAGAUCAUGCCGUGAUCAUGUGAGGAGAAGGUGUUGGGGUAUCGGGUUCGGAUUAGGGUUCCGGGUGGUCGCAUUAGAUCCGAAUUUCCGGAAGCUUUCGGUCGAGCAUAUUGUUUCAGCUUAUAAACGGACAAAAACACGUGCCAUUUUGUUAGAUUACGACGGUACAAUGACCCUGCAGAACUCAAUCAGCACAAGCCCGAGUCCGGAAAUUAUUGGAAUGUUGAAUAGUUUGUGUCGAGACCCGAAAAACGUCGUUUUUCUCGUUAGCGGGAAGGAUCGAGUUACAUUGACUGAAUGGUUUUCUUCUUGUGAACAAUUGGGCGUUGCAGCAGAGCAUGGUUACUUCCUGAGGGAAAAUAAGGACGCAGAAUGGGAAACUUGUAUUGCGGUGCCGGAUUUCUACUGGAAACAGAUUGCAGAGCCGGUGAUGAAGCUGUACACCGAAACAACUGAUGGGUCAACCAUCGAGACGAAAGAGAGUGGACUCGUGUGGAACUAUCAGUAUGCUGAUCCCGAUUUUGGCUCGUGUCAAGCGAAAGAACUUUUGGACCAUUUGGAAAGCGUUCUUGCUAAUGAACCGGUUACAGUCAAGAGUGGCCAAAACAUUGUUGAAGUUAAACCACAGGGGAUCAACAAAGGGCUUGUGGCAGACCGUUUAUUGACAACGAUGAAAGAAAGAGGAAUGGUCCCAGAUUUCGUGGUUUGCAUAGGGGAUGAUCGAUCGGAUGAGGACAUGUUUGAGGCGAUCACAAGGGCAAUGGCGGGCCCAUCCCUUUCUCCGGUGGCCGAAAUUUUUGCGUGCACGGUUGGCAGAAAGCCGAGCAAAGCCAGGUACUUUCUUGAGGACACGAUCGAGAUCCUGAGAAUGCUGCAGGGCCUUGCUGCCGCUUCGGAUAUGCAUUCGCUCAAAAACGUGACUAAAGGUUUUCAAAAAGUGGUGAUCGAGUAGGAGAAACCGCCAUUCUUCGUGUUUGUGGUUGUCAGGUUGGUUGUGAAUAAUCACGUACUUCUCCGUAUUCAUUAAUGAUUAAUGGAGAGGGUUAGUAGUUUUUAUGUUUAGAAAGUCGUUGAUGGUUUUUCUGUGAAAUUGUUGUUGUUGUUAUAGAGAGUAUGUAGUUGUAGUUUGAACUUUAAAGUAAAUAAGUUGACUUGUGAUGAUGCAAGUCAAACUUAAGGAUAUGUAUCUUUUGAUUGACAUUAUGGUCAAACCCUUCUUCUGUA